AUGCGAUUGGUCAGCGUGGCGGGAGCGCGGCUCCGCAGGGCGGCCGAGGAGGAGGAGAGGGAGCGGCCUCCGCCUCCGCCCUCACACCACUCCAACCACCAGUUUGCAAGCAUGAAGAACAAGUUCUUCGAUGAGCUCACACACCUGCCGAAUCCUAAACUCAACCUGCCCACGUGGGCAGUGGGAGGCAUCGUGGUCGUGGUCCUCGCCCUCAUCGCCUGCAUGGGAUUCUGCAUCUACAGGAAGUGCUUCAACAAGGGCAGCAAGCCCAAGAAGGUCCGCGAGAGGAAGGGAGGACGAGGGCGCAGGAAGAAGGACAAGGAUGGAGAGGACGGCGAUGACAAGAAGGACGGAGAAGACGGAAAGGAAGAAGAAGAGAAGGAGUCCUUCGGUAAACUGGAGUACUCGCUGGACUAUAACUUCACUGAUAACCAGUUGAUCGUGGGAGUCCUCCAGGCACAGGACCUCCCAGCUAUGGACAUGGGCGGGACCUCGGACCCCUACGUCAAAGUCUACAUGCUGCCCGACAAGAAGAAGAAGUUCGAGACCAAAGUUCAGCGGAAGAACCUGUGUCCAGUCUUCAAUGAGACCUUCACCUUUAAGAUUCCCUAUGCUGAGCUGGGCGGUCAGACUCUGGUGCUCCAGGUUUUCGACUUUGACCGUUUUGGUAAACAUGACAACAUCGGCGAGAUCAAGAUCCCCAUGAACACCAUUGACCUCGGACAGCCGAUCCAAGAAUGGAAAGAUCUGGUUGGAGGAGAGAAGGAGGAGCAAGAGAAGCUGGGUGACAUCUGUAUCUCCCUUCGCUACGUCCCCACCGCCGGGAAGUUAACAGUCAACAUCAUGGAAGCCAAGAACUUGAAGAAGAUGGACGUCGGAGGCCUGUCAGAUCCCUUCGUUAAAGUGGUGCUGCAGCACAACGGGAAACGACUGAAGAAGAAGAAGACGUCCGUCAAACAGAACACUCUGAAUCCUUACUUCAACGAGAGCUUCAGCUUCGAGAUCCCGUUCUCCCAGAUCCAGAAACUCCAGGUGGUGAUCACCGUGUACGACUAUGACAAGCUGGGCAGCAACGACCCCAUCGGCAAGUGCUGGAUCGGCUACGGCGCCUCGGGCGUCGGGCUGCGCCACUGGUCGGACAUGCUGGCCAAUCCCAGGCGUCCCGUGGCCCAGUGGCACACGCUGCAGCCCGAGGAGGAGGUGGACGCUGCUCUGAAGGCCCCGAUUCGCUAAACACACGCAAACAUGCAUCACCGAACAUCUGCAGAGGAGCCGCGUUCUUUCAUCCACAACCAAACAUCUGGAGGUUUUAUGAAAUGAUCUGUAAUCGUUCACACCUACAUUGAUUUUGGGAUCUUUGUAUGACUGUGUGUGUGUGUGUGCUUUAUAUUUUAUUGAAUGCAUGACUCAGAUUUAUUCAAACUAACACACUGCUGCUUAAAACACACGUUUGUGUGAGCUUACAGAUUUACACAGAACGAUAAGUUCAGUGAUUCACAUGUUCAGAAUUAAAGUGUUUGCUCCUGGACCACAGCGUCCUCCAGCACAUAGACCGGCCCAAUUCCACUUGUAGUGUACGCAAGGCUGAGAGAGCGAAGUGAUAGAACUUCUUCAACUCUGACAAGAAAAAUAGAAAACUGACCUGAGCUGAUCUGAAGUGUGAAUAUUCUUCUGUAUCCACUUUCUCCCUCAUGUUUUCUUCUCGUUUAUUCUCAGAAUCCUGUCGUCAAAUGUGAAAAUGUGUUCGUUGCAUCUAGUUACAUGUUUUUACUCUUUGUGGCUCUGUCAGUGUUUGAAUGAGCGGAGAUCCUGCCUGGAGCAAAUGGAACAUUAAUGUGUGUGUGUGU